UUUAUCAAAUCAACGUUAAGUCAAGUAGACGGUUUAGAAUAUGUUAUAGCGGGUGCAGCGAAAUGCUUAUGUUAGUUCCUAACCUUGCAGUAAAUUAUCUAACGAGUACACACGUAAAAGGAAUCAAGAAAUGUCGGAAUGAGUUGCUGGCUAGCGCGCACAUUCAUUACAUAAUGCAACAUUUUUAGUUUCAAAACCAUCAGUAGAGUUGAAAAUGCAAUGGAAACCUAUUUAAACUUGUUUGGUUUUUUUUAUUCCGGAAAUGGGACUUUAACUGCGAAAGUUACUUGCGUGCACGUCAAGCACAGACUUUACAUAAGCUAGUAAUUGGAUGGGAACAUUGAUGGGGAAAUGCCAAUUGGUUGGAAAGUGACUAAUAAAUCCGUCGCCAAUUAUGCGAAAACUUGAGGCUAGAGCGUGCAUCUACGCCAUAGGCAAGGUGGGGGGCGUGUUCAUAGAAAUGGCACUAUGCUUUCAAACCAAAUUUGGAAUGCAACCUGUGAAAAAAAUUACACGUAAUCUACCUGCCUAGGAAGGAGCGUGAUUGAUGCCGCGAGUCCGGCGUUGGAGAGAUUAGUCAGAGAAGGGCUGCUGGAAAUGGAGUGUCGAUACAGAUGAGCUGCUACCUCAAACCUACAGUAUUCCCCGUCAACCCUUAGGGUGCCUUGCUGUGGGAAUACCUCACCAAGACCUGAACUGGACCAGACUCGCCUGCAGCAUCCAAGCAUUGUGUCUGAGAAUCUCUCAUAAUCAACUGAAAGACUGGAACUUAAAUUGAAAGGGUACUGAUCACUAAAGCAACCAUAUCACCAUAUCACUAGCAACCAUAUCACCAUAUCACUAGCAACCAUAUCACCAUAUCACUAGCAACCAUAUCACCAUAUCACUAGCAACCAUAUCACGUAACUCCUCAAUAACUGUCUUUAGAAGUAUUAUCCAAGAUGACUUCCACCACCAUGGAGGCAGCGGACAUCGUUGUUGUGGUGCUGUACUUUAUCCUGGUCCUUGCCAUUGGCUUCUUCGCCAUGAUGAAAGCCAAUCGGAGCACUGUGAGCGGUUACUUCCUGGCCGGCCGAUCAAUGAACUGGGCUAUGAUUGGUGCCUCUCUGUUCGUCAGCAACAUUGGCAGCGAGCAUUUCAUUGGCCUUGCAGGGUCCGGGGCGGCUAGCGGGUUUGGAGUCGCCGCAUGGGAGUUCAAUGCCCUCCUGCUCCUCCAGCUCCUGGGCUGGGUUUUCAUCCCUGUUUACAUCCACUCUGGGGUCUACACAAUGCCUGAGUACCUGGCCAAGCGCUUCGGUGGCCGACGGCUCAAGGUCUACUUCGCUGCUCUCUCUCUGCUGCUCUACAUCUUCACCAAGCUCUCUGUGGACCUGUACUCCGGAGCGCUCUUCAUCCAGGAGUCAUUGGGCUGGAACCUCUAUCUGUCCAUCAUCCUCCUCAUCACCGUGACCGCGCUGCUGACCGUCACAGGGGGCCUGGUUGCAGUCAUCUACACCGACACCCUCCAGGCAUUCCUGAUGAUUGGCGGCGCGCUAUGCCUAACCGCCAUUAGCCUGGUAAAAGUGGGUGGCCUGGAAGGGGUGCGGACCAAGUACAUGGAAGCCAGACCGAACAUCACAGCGAUAUUAGCAUCCUCCAACUUCACCUACAUCCCCUCCUGCCACGUGGAGCCCAAGCCCGACUCCCUGCGCAUCCUAAGGGGCCCGCUGGACAAGGACCUCCCCUGGCCGGGCUUCCUCCUUGGCCAGACCCCGGCCUCCAUCUGGUACUGGUGUGCCGACCAGGUCAUCGUCCAGCGGGUGCUAGCCGCACGGAGCAUCUCCCACGCUAAAGGCUCCACACUGAUGGCCGGCUUCCUCAAGAUCCUACCCAUGUUCAUCAUCGUCAUUCCCGGGAUGAUCUCCCGCAUCCUGUUUGCAGAUGAGCUGGCGUGUAUCAGCCCAGAACACUGCAUGGAGGUGUGUGGAUCCAGGGCCGGGUGCUCUAACAUCGCCUACCCCCGCCUGGUGAUGUCCGUCAUGCCGGUGGGUCUGCGUGGCCUGAUGAUGGCGGUGAUGAUCGCAGCGCUCAUGAGCGACCUGGACUCCAUCUUCAACUCCGCCAGCACCAUCUUCACCUUGGACAUUUACAAAAUGGCACGGGAGCGGGCGUCGUCGAGGGAGCUGAUGGUGGUGGGACGUGUGUUUGUGGUGUUCAUGGUGGUUAUCAGCAUCGCCUGGGUUCCUGUCAUCAUCGAGAUGCAGGGAGGCCAGAUGUUCUACUACAUCCAGGAAGUGUCUGACUACCUGACCCCGCCCAUCGCUGCCCUAUUCCUGCUGGGCGUCCUAUGGCGGCGCUGCAACGAGACUGGUGCGUUCUGGGGUGGCAUAGUGGGGUUCGGGUUGGGCGCCACGAGACUGGUGCUUGCGUUCAUCUACAGAGAGCCCCACUGCGAUGAACCGGACGAGCGGCCAUCUUUUGUCAAGGAUGUCCAUUUCAUGUACGUGGCAGCCGGGCUGUUCUGGAUCUCAGGCCUGGUGACUGUGGUGGUUAGCCUCUGCACCCCACCACCGAGCAUAGAGCAGGUCCGCACCACUACCUUCUGGGGGCUAUGCCAAAGAAACACAACCUUAAACAUAGAGAGAGACGAGGAGAUGAGCAAGCUGAACCCCCAAACUAAGACCCAUGUCAAUGGGAACGGCUGCAUGGACAAGGAGACGACCAAAGACCUCCAUAAUGGUGUCAAUGGGGUGGAGGCUUUAUCCUAUAUGGAGGCUCCAUCUAAUCUCCAAAAUGGCGGCCACCCGACCUUUUCAAGCACCGGAAUGGCAGUAGACCAAGAAAAGCCUUGGGUGGUCUGCUGUGGAGGAGUAGGAGGGGAGAAGGGGAGGUGUGUGAGGGUUCUAGAGUGGUUCUGUGGGUUUAAGGAGGAACCGGCUAAGACCCGGCCCAGAUCAGCCGAGGGGGAAGAGAGGCUUUUGCAGGAGAUGCUCCAGGAGACCCCCAGAACCAGACUCAUCCUCAACAUGGGCCUGGUGCUGGUUUGCUCUGUGGGGGUGUUCCUCUUCAUCUACUUCUCUCUGUAGGAGGGGAUCUCAACCUGUGACAUACACAAAGUUUAUAUGUAUUAUCUAAAUGUAUCUAAUGUGACAUCUAAAGAAGUGUUUCUUAAAUUGUGUUUCCUACACCACCCCAAAAGUUCAAUCCCAGUGAAUCAGGUGUGCUUGAGCUGGGCUAGAACAAAAAUGUCCAACCUUGGUGGUACUCCAACAUGGACUCAGGGGUAGACGUAACAUAGGAAACGUAAAUCUAGUAUGUAAUGUUACAUUUCGUAUGGUACAGUGCCUUAAAGUAUUCACACCGCUUGACUUUUUCAAAAUGUUGUUACAAAGUGGGAUUAAAAUAGAUGUAAUUGUCAUUUUUUUUGUCAAAGAUUUACACUACAUACUCAUGUCAAAGUGGAAAAAAAUUCACAAGUUAAAUGGAAGAUGAAACACUAAUAUAUUUUCAUUAGAUAAGUAUUCAACCCCCUGAGUCAAUACACCUUAGAAUUACCUUUGGAAGCAAUUACAGCUUUCUGGGUAAGUCUCGAAGAUCUUUGCAAACCUGGAUUGUAUAAUAUUUGCCCAUUCUUUAAAAAAUUAUUCAAGCUCUGUCAAAUUGGUUGUUGACCAUUGCUAAACAGCCAUUUUAAAGUCGAUUUUAAGUCAAAACUGUAACUAGGGCACUCAAACAUUCAAUAUCGUCUUGGUAGGUAACUCCAGUGUAUAUUUGGCCUUGCGUUUUAGGCUAUUGUCCUGCUGAAAGGUGGAUUUGUCUCUGUGUCUGUUGGAAAGCAGACAACCAGGUUUUCCUUUAGGACUAUGCCUGUGCUUAGCUCUAUUCCCUUUCUUUUAAUCCCAAAUAAAACUCCCAAGUCCUUGCCGAUGA